GCGGAAUAGAGGGGCGGGCAUUUGUGUGCCACGCCGGUGCUGCCGAACCUCAACGUAGACAGAGGAUGGGAACACUAGUCCGUAUAGUGUAUCUGUCGUGGGGACUAUUAUUGUCCUCCGCGGUCUAAAGCGGCACGACUCCAAGUGACGCUGUAUGUAUGUGUGUGUGGUGGGGGGGAAUGCGACGAAAGGGAAAUCGGAUAUAUACGAGCACUAUUACUAUUUCUUUUCAGUCGGCAUGUUUUUGGGCUCAGUUCCCCAAAAAAGGGGUUCAAAGAUACUUCACCAGGAAACGUCGAGUAACCGUUGAGGAAAUGAGAACGAUAUGCAGAUAAUCCACAUUUCGUCGCGGAAUAAUGGCUAAUUUAUCUUGAGCCAUCUUUGAUGAUGCCGCCCAUGGUUAGCAUCACUUAAAAGCAGGAUAUUGGAGCGGUCUUGUAUGCUUUUCUUACCAAGCUCUUUUCAUAGUGGAUACAUCUCGCCUGUAUCACCCAUGAAAGUGUUGUUGAAGGCGUCUGUUGAGCAACUGCGUCACCGAGUGGAAGCUGUAGGUAUUCAUCUUUAAGGUGCAUAUUGGGAAACAUACCCAUGACACCUACGACAUGCAAGCCAAAGGGACAUAACUCUUGAAUCGCCAUGGAACCGGAAGCUACUUCAAACUCACAGGACCACCCAGGAAUCUCCGAAGCCAUGGAUGGUGGAAGCCAUGUGGACUCCAUGGUGAGAGGCGGCAGCGAGCCUUUGUUCAGUUAUCAGAAGAUUGUGCAUCAGAGAUUCAUCAGGAGGAGUCUUUGGUUCUCGGACACAGAUGAGCAGUCCUUUGAGGUCCCCGAAUGUGAUCACAGGCUCCUGAAUAUAAACCUGCGAACAAUUGUAGGCAGGACUCGAGGGGCUGGUGGGAUACAGGAGGACUCCAGCACUGAGAGUCAAGGUGGGCACAAAGGCAGCGCUACAGAAAGUGCCAGUGCUGAGGAAGAACAGGGGAGAAGUGAGAGAGAUGUACCCAAUGCCACAUGUGGUGAUGUGGGCAAAACCGCUAUCAAGGCAGCCAAGGAGGAGGCCGAGGAAGAGGCAGAGAUGAAGGCUGUUUCCACAUCUCCAGGAGGACGUUUCCUCAAAUUCGACAUCGAGCUUGGGAGAGGGUCCUUUAAGACUGUCUACAAGGGCCUGGACACUGAAACCUGGGUGGAGGUUGCUUGGUGUGAGUUGCAGGAUCGUAAGCUGUCAAAAGUGGAACGUCAGCGCUUCAAGGAAGAGGCUGAGAUGUUGAAAGGUCUUCAACAUCCAAACAUUGUCCGCUUUUAUGACUUUUGGGAGUCUCCGCUCAAAGGGAAGAAGUGCAUUGUUUUAGUAACAGAACUCAUGACAUCGGGGACGCUAAAAACCUACCUGAAGCGGUUUAAAGUAAUGAAGCCCAAGGUUCUGAGAAGCUGGUGCAGACAGAUCCUGAAAGGCCUUCACUUUCUCCACACCAGAACUCCUCCAAUUAUUCAUAGGGAUCUGAAAUGUGAUAACAUAUUCAUCACCGGACCUACAGGGUCUGUCAAGAUCGGCGAUUUAGGACUGGCAACACUGAAAGCAGCCUCUUUUGCAAAAAGUGUCAUAGGCACUCCAGAGUUUAUGGCUCCAGAGAUGUAUGAAGAACACUAUGAUGAAGCUGUAGAUGUCUACGCCUUCGGCAUGUGCAUGCUAGAAAUGGCCACCUCGGAAUACCCCUAUUCGGAAUGUCAGAAUGCUGCACAGAUUUACCGUAAAGUCACAAGUGGAGUCAAACCAGCCAGUUACAACAAGGUCGUGGAUCCAGAAAUCAAGGAGAUUAUUGGGGAGUGCAUCUGCCAAACGAGAGAGGAGAGGUAUACCAUCAAAGACCUACUGAACCACGCCUUCUUUGCUGAGGACACAGGAGUGAGGGUGGAGCUCGCUGAGGAGGAUGAUGGGAAAAAAACCUCAAUAGCCCUGAAAUUAUGGGUGGAAGACCAUAAGAAAUUGAAAGGAAAGUAUAAGGAAGGCGGAGCCAUAGAGUUCAUGUUUGACCUGGAAAAAGAAGUCCCAGAAGUGGUGGCGCAAGAGAUGGUGGAGUCUGGAUUCUUUCAUGAAAGUGACGCCAAGACUGUUGGAAAAUCUAUUAGGGAUCGCGUGGCACUGAUCAAAUGGAGAAGAGAGAGAACCGUAUCAACUGCUAAUCAAAUGGAUGGGAGAAAUGGGCUCCAGGCGGCGCCUUCUCAAGGCGUUUCUUCCAGAGAUGGGCAUGCAAGGCUGGAACCAGAGCCAGCAGACUCUGAGCAGCACAACCGACCGCAAACCCAACCAGCCAGUGUCACCUCAGUCACGUCAGACAGCACUUUUGACAGCGGCAAAGGCUCCACUGUGUACUCGGAUUCCCACAGCAGCCAGCAGAGUGUCCUCUAUCAGUCCCUACUGGAGCCGGUCACUAUGGCAACACAACAGGACAGCUCUGUGGGUCACCAGAAUCAAUCAGCAGAGCUCGCAUCUCAUCAGUACCUCCAUCCCGGACAAAGUUACCCCUCUGCUCUACAUGCUUGCCAACCGGGUGCCGCAACACCAAGUCAAGCUAGCUCAUGCUCAGUCGGUCUCCAUCAUGUAACCAGCGGCUGCGGCUGCGCGCAACAGCAGUCGACAUUAACUAUUUCGGCGUCAGCCGGGCCGCAGCAUGUUGCGCAAUGCUACCACACACAAUGUCACCAAGCGACUUUGAACUGUCCCACUUCACUUCAUCAACAAACUGCAGCUGCUCCGACGUCUCUACCAGCACAGCAGUCGGAGCAGAGUUGCCUUCUUACAUGCGCGUCCUCGACUGUGGCACCGAUGGCGCAGUGUCAUUUGGCAAACGCUCCCAGUGCAUUGCAGCAGGUUCAAACUCUGUAUAAACUGCCAAAUCAGCAGAUUGGCCUGAGCUCCUCUGCAACAGCGCUUUAUGGCCAACAGAUACCCAUUCAAGACUAUCCACAGUCUUUAAUGCUAAAUGCUCAAUGCAGUAUGCAGCAAACCCAAAAUGGUGCGCAGACUUGCAUUCAGCCGCAACUUCACGGUAUACAACAAAUGCAUACAAUACAGCAAAUGACGCAGCCUCUUCGCCAUCCGCAAAAUCUUCAAUCGUCUGCUCAACAAGAAGUACACACCCCAGCCCUUCAGCAACAAAACCAGAACUCUAUUCCGAUAACAGUACCACGAUCAAGCCAGGACAAUGUCCAACCAGACCAGGCUGCAGCCACAAACCAGCACUAUUCUACCGCCGGUUUACCUGAUGUGGGCUCUCAAAGUUACGCACAUUCCGCCCUCGGUGCGGUGCAGCAACAGGGGGUUCCUGCUCAGAAUCAGUACCUAGCUGCACAGUCAUCUGGUACACAGCAGGUUUAUGGAGGCGUUCCCCAAGUGCUGACUCGUCAGAGCCUUCCGGCCUCCUCACAACACAGCCAAGCUGCUCAGGUGAAUAAGAAUGACAUGUCUGGCGGUCAGAGCAUUACAUUGGUUGAGCAAGAUGAAUUGAACCAUGGGCAAAAUCUCCCCCACUCAGCGUGCAGUUUCACAUCCCAGACAAUGUCCGAUCAGCAGCCGCUAGCUGAAACAGCCGCCCGUCAGCAACUGCAAACCCUGCAGAUUUCAUCACCACCAGAACCAGCACACACAUGCCAGUUUACUUCACAGCAUCCCACUGUCCGGGUGAUGGCAGCUGUUCCUGACUGUCAAGCCACCAACUAUCAUUCACCCACUGCCCCUCACUCUUCAGCAUCUUCCCCCAACCCCAUCUUCCUUUCCCCCGGUUAUACUUUCCCUAUAACCCCCGCUGUCUCCCCACUUUCCCCUAUUCACAAUGAUAAUGUCUUAGUUCCGCCCAUGCCAAUGUCGCUGAAACCUCAACCUUCACCUGUGCUGGGUAAAAUGCCAACACCCGCUUCUCCAAAUGAUCAGGGCACAGCUGCUCUGCAGCACGAUGUCUAUUACUCAGAACCUUCAUUCGUAACAGCUCUAAGCACACAUCCCAUAAAGAACGGCACAUCUCUGAGCACACACCCACCCACAAACGACAGCGCUCUUACACAGAAUGCGUCAGACAAGGGCCCGCCUGCUUCCCAUGCUCAUUUGGAAACGCAAAACCAAAGUCAAGUUCAGAACCAGGUCCCACCUCUUCAUUCCUCCGGGUCCGCGGUUUCCAGCCUGACACAGCAACAGCUCAACGGUCCGACUGACGCCAACGGAGAGGAUCAUGCUGCAGAAAAACACACUGGUGGACAAAGCUAUGACAGUGUCAACUCUGAUGCCACAUCAGGGAAGGAGAUGAGUGAUGGCUAUGACGGGGCACAAAGCGGUAAAGGGGAGGUGAAAGUCCGCAAGCACCACCGCAGAUCAACACGAACUCGGUCUCGCCAGGAGAAGUUUAGCAGGCCAAAGCUCAGCAUGUUAAACGUAUGCAACACGGGGGACAAGAUGGUGGAGUGCCAACUGGAAACUCACAAUCAUAAAAUGGUGACGUUUAAAUUUGACCUGGAUGGCGACGCACCUGAAGAGAUUGCUACAUAUAUGGUGGAGAACGAUUUUAUACUCCCCUUAGAGAAAGAAGUGUUCAUUGAACAGCUGAAGGAUAUCGUAGAUAAGGCUGAGGACCUGUUGAGCGAAGACACCGAGGGUGAGAGGAACUCGGACCAGACUAGCAGUCCCGCGAGUGACGGAGCCGGCACAUUGCCAACGGAGGGAAUUAAGUCUUGUGUCCCAAGAACCCCACAGCAGGUCUACCAACAAAAUGUCCUUCACACAGGCAAGCGCUGGUUUAUCAUCUGCCCAGUUGCUGAAAUGCCAAUCCAAGACCAGAAGAAAACUCCUCUCAACUCUGCAGACAAUGAAUCUGGAACGUCUGCCAGCAACAGCAACACACCUCCAUGUUCUACUGCUCACACGUCUUUAACUUCACAAGGCCCUCUGUCCACAUCAGUGCAACUUCAAAACCAAAACAUUGGCCUAGCCCAAGUCCUUCCGCCAGAGUCCUCAGUCAUUAAAACAAAACCCAGUGCUUUGGCUAUCAGCCACAGCGGUGACGCCCCUCCUGUUGAAGAACCUUGCAUCUCUGCUGUGUCUUUAGUAACUGAUAUCCCCUGUUGUGCUUUUGUGCCACCGGUCUCCCUGGAUGUGAACGCAAUCGAUAAAGUAGCCGUUUUGGCCACACAAAGCGGCCACGGCAAUCAUCCCAGUCCGACCGGGGACCCCCCCUUACAGCAGACCACUCACCAGUCCGUGGUCCUCCAGCAACCCUAUCCCACAACCAUAGCGCCGUCGUCUGUCACUUCCCAACCCCAGAGUCCCGCGCAUCAGACCUCCUCCGUCUCAUUAGGUCAUCCGCAGGCGGCAGGCGGCGGGGGGCCUGGAGAGUCGGACGGCGAGGGGCCACGCCGCGUGGAGUUUGUCGAUCGCACCAUUAAGACCUUGGAUGAGAAGCUGAGGAAUCUGUUGUACCAGGAACAUGGUCACUCCCAGCCUUGCAGUGCCGUGUCGGACCCUCACAGCUCCAACGCAGACGUUGUCAGCUCAACAUCCGUGUCAGAUGGCAAGAGCAGUGAGGGGCCACUUACCAAGAAACAGGGGGACCCAUUGCCUCAGAUUCCUGAAAGCCCAGACUGUGGAGGUGCACAGGGUGCGUCCAUCUUGGCAGCUUCUAAUUCAAACAGAAGAGAUGUGACUGUGAGUUCCGGUUCAUAUAACUACACAAGCUGCUUGGAAGUGAGACCCACAUCACCAAAUGAAAUAUGCCAAGUGGAAAAAAACAAGACUAGCAGCAGCACCUGCUUCUCCCCGAUGCACUCUACUGGUUCUCCGUGGUCCCACAACCACGGACCAGAUAGAAAUAACAAAGACUAUGUUAGUGCCGGAAGAUCCUCUUUGACAGCUGCAGCUGAUAAAAGUACCGGUGCUUCUAGACCCCAAAUUAGUAACCGCUUCUCUGCCCCGCCAAACCUCUUCCAGGCUACACCGGCGUCCAGCGCCGACGUCACACCGCAGCAUAUACCGCGGGCCAUGACUAUAGGCACUCCAAGCCAUCGCCACUACCGCCACUCUGAUUCUGCGGAUGAGGACAGCAGCAGCAGCAAAGCCCCUCCUCCGGCUCACGUUCAAACCCCGGCUCACGCUUUAUCCGAGCACGGCGGAAGUGACCUGAUGAAGAGGGCGGUCGCCUUUCUGAAACGAUCUGCUCGGAGCAAAAGCGAACUGAGCACGGAAUCACCAAGCCGGCAGCCAUUGGAAAUGAACGGUCACUCUCCUUCGCCUCCUGCAGGACACGCCCACUCAUCCUACAUCAGUAGCGACAAUGACUCAGAGUUUGAAGAUGCCGACGUGAGGAAAGAGCUACAUAAGCUGAGAGAAAAACACAUGAAAGAGAUCUCGGAACUGCAAGCGUUUCAGAGGAGUGAAAUUGAACGUCUGUACAAAGAGCUGGGAAAGUCUGUGCCCCACAAUGUUGGCCUACUUCACGCUGCUCCACCCAGCGGACGAAGACGAAGGGCCAGUAAACACAAACUCAAGCCCGGAAAAUUGCUCAAUCCGAUGGUGCAGCAGCUCAAAAGCAAUAUCAGCAACACCACCGCCGCCGCCGCCGCCGCAGCAGAGAGAAAAGGUGAAAGUACCGGCAGUUCAUCCGGAUCCCCUGCUAAAAGUUCCAUUCUGUCUGACGGUUCUGCCCACUCCGGUGGCAGCUCCAGCUCGGGCAAUCAGUGCAGCCAAGUCCCAGAGCAGGUCUACACCCAGCAACCCUGUUCUUUGAAAGGCUCUUUCUCCUCGGACAACAUCUACACCGGGCAACACGUUGACGGGAUGACAAACUUAGCAAGUCAAGGCUGGACGGUUUACCACCAAACAUCAGAGAGAGUCACCUAUAAAUCCAGUAGCAAACCACGCACUAGAUUCCUCAGUGGACCUGUGUCUCUGUCCAUCUGGUCCACUCUGAAACGACUAUGUCUAGGCAAAGAACGCAGUAGUAGGUCCUCGUUCAGUGCUGCCACGGCGCCAACGCAGCCGCCGCUCGCCUCGGCCACAUCACCGCCGUCCCCUCGCUCAAUCGGUCAUCUUGCUCAGGUCCAGACUAACAACAGCAACAAUAAGAGAUGCACCUUUACAGACGACCUGCACAAAUUGGUCGACGACUGGGCAAAGGAGACGAUAGCGGCGAGCCAUCAGUCAUCCCCGUCGUUGAACCAGAUCAAACAGCAGAAGCGCUUACUGGACCUGAAAGGCGCAGCUACGUAUAAGAUGAAAUCCCAUCCCGGCCCCGCCGGGUUGCCUCCCGACUUCCCUCUGACGACAAGCCAAGGUCUCAAAUCCCCUCAAGUGUUGCCCCCUGGCUACUUGUUGCCCACGUGUUCCUAUGAUGGCGUGGUCCCUGGUCCCGGUUACACUCAGCAAUGGCCUGGCCACUUUGCCACCGCGGCAAAACCUGCAAUCCAAGCCUCCUGUGCGGAGAUGUGCAACACUGAGAACGGCCUCUGUCCGAAAUCUACCAGGACUACCUAAAACCUGCAGUUGUUGUGAAAUUGCAUAGGCGACUUGUAUUUUUGCUGAGUCACCACAACUGCACAAGCACUUAUUAUAAGUUUAGGUAAGGAAAGGAAGUUUGAUACUCUGAUAUCCCUUACCGAUUUGGUUUAGAUUAUAUCAUGCGCGUGUGUUAUGUAUGAAGACUUAAUGCUCACCGACAUAAAUCUGGUCGUUUUCAUAUACAUUACGGCACUUUUAUUUGUUUAGACCAAACAAAAUGUACACUUUGGGGCCCCCCAACAAAUAAUUUCUCCAAGCAAACAGUAUUAUCAUUGAUGGAAUGUAGUGCCUUGAACAUUUUCCCGUCUGCAUACACGUCCUUUUCACUUUGAGUGCAGUCUUUUCUUUAUAUGCCUUACAGACACUUUUUUGGUUUACUUAUGAAUGACAUUGUAGCACUGCACUUUUAACACAAUAUUUGCUCAUAUUCUCAUUAAAAAUUAACUUUUAAUCCUUUUUUUUUUUUUUACUUUCCACCCCAUGACUACUGUAUGCCAUAGGGGUAAAAUGCACUGUUGCCUUGUGAAGGAAAAAUGGUGCAUGUUUUACUAAUGACAAAAGAAAGACGAAUUACGCCAGCAGGUGAAACCCCCCCUCUUUCAGGUCAAAUGGUUCUGUCGGAUGCAACACAAGGUUAGACAGUGUCGUAGCCCCGCGGUGUGUGGGGGGGAAAGGCAGCGUCCAGAGCCAUAAAUGAUGUACAUAGUUCUUUCUACAGGUACUGCCUCUGGGUUCAGUUGUGGUCCGAAUGUAGCAAAUUGAACAUGUGAAGGCUCGAGGCUUUUAAAGUGCAAUUGAAUACUUUGACAAAAGCUUUGAUUGUGGUGUUGCCACAAGCCUUAUAUCCGAUAUGUUGGAACAAAGUAUUAACAUGAAACUCUCAAUUCCCUACUAAAUGUACUUAUUAUCGAGCGUCAAGUGUAGUGUGCAAUCACCAGUUAACUGGACGUUUUUUUUUUUUUUUAAGUUAUUUGAUUUUCGAUGCUGCUACCGUGUGAGGGGUUCCGCUGAACACUGAAUGAAGCCUUUUAUUGCUGUUAGAUGGUACCAAAAAAAAGUCCUUCAAUUGAGAUGGCAAGGGACAAACGACAUCGCCUUCAAAAUGUUGUUAGCUGGUUUCAGUUGCGGAAACGGUCAAUUUGAAAUAAUAGCUAAUAAGGGAGAUUUGCACUACAUAUAUAUUGAGUCCCAUAAUUGUAUUUUAUGUUGUAAUUCCUUGUGUAUGCAGUGGCUUUGACUGGCUGUCAUGGUUCUUAAAAAUCACCAAAGUGUGGUCAACAGUUGAUUUUUCACACAACGGAGAGCAAGAAGUUAAUUUACGGUUUCCAUAUUUCCACAACACAUGAAAGGUUUCAGGACCGUGGUCCUCCCAAGCUGUGAACUGUACAGGUUUGUGUUACUGUAAACGGUAUUUUGUGUAUGCAUUGUGGAGAGGUUGGUAUGAUGUAUAGUAUACCAUCAAUUCAGUUUGAAUUGGACUUUUAUAGUACUUUAUGCAGAAUCCUCUGCUUUGGGGAAAUGAUUCCAGUUGUAAGAGAUUUCUGUUCUCUGGCAUUUGUAUCUGGUGUUUUGUUGUUUUGAGCAGAGUAAGGGUACUUAUUGUUGACCAAUUCAUUUGGUGGCAGAGAUCAAAAGGCUCAAGUGCCAGUUAUGACUUUUUUUUUUUUUUCCCUCUUCCUGCAUGUCUCUGACCAACAUUCCCUUGCAGUAUAUGCUCAGACUGUGGAGAAACUUGUAUUGAAAGUGAGUGGGAUUGCUUUCUGCCUGCCACCUUUCCUACUGCAUCACUCACCCUGCUGCACUGUAUGACUAUGUGAGAGAUAAAUAAAUAUUAU